CAGACAGGAGACGGAUGCAAGCUCUCCUCCAUCCCGCUCUGUUGCAUCCAUCCAUUCUGUUAUCCAUCCAUCCAUCCACCUCUCCAUCCACCCAUUCAUUCCCAAGGGCGUCACAAGGGGUGACAAGACCCGACUGAGAGGCGCAUACAUGCACGCCUGUGUGUGCGCACGUCCUCCGUGUAUGUGCGUAUCUGGUCUGCCUGUGGAUCCGCUGACAUGAGGAGCUGAAACAGAACCGACACAAGGAUGAAAAUGCUCCGGUUUCGCAGCCCCAGCAUCCGCUCCUUGGACCAGGAGGUCCUCUGCACGAUCCGGUUACUGGACGACUCCGAGAUCUCCUGCAGCAUCCAGAGAGACACCAAAGGCCAGUUCCUGUUGGACCAUGUGUGUAACCACUACAACCUGCUUGAGAAAGACUACUUUGGUAUUCGAUAUGUGGACCCAGAGAAACAGAGGCACUGGCUGGAGCCCAAUAAGCCCGUGGUGAGGCAGAUGAAGUCCUCCUACCCCAAAAUUACAUUGCUGUACCCCAGCAUUGCUCAGCAGCCGUACACCAUGUGUUUCCGGGUCAAGUUUUAUCCUCACGAGCCAAUGAAAAUCAAGGAGGAGCUCACCAGGUAUCUCCUUUACCUGCAGUUGAAGAGAGAUAUCUACCAUGGCCGUCUCCUGUGUCCUUUCGCUGAAGCUGCAUAUCUGGGAGCCUGCAUCAUACAGGCUGAGCUCGGGGACUACGACCCAGAGGAGCAUCCGUCCGACUACAUCAGAGACUUCAAACUGUUCCCUAAACAAUCCCUCAAACUGGAGAGGAAGAUUAUGGAAAUACACAAGAACGAGCUCAGGGGCCAGUGUGCUGCAUUUGCAGAGUGGAACAUGCUCCAAAGGGCACACAGCCUCGAGACGUAUGGAGUUGACCCUCACCCAUGCAAGGAUUUCACGGGCUCCACAGCCUUUCUUGGGUUCACAGCCACAGGUUUUGUGGUCUUCCAGGGAAACAAGAGGAUCCACCUCCUCAAAUGGGCUGACGUCAGCAAGCUGAAGUUCGAAGGGAAAACCUUUUACGUCAUCGGGAUUCAGAAAGAGAAGAAACUGGUGUUGACAUUUCACACCUCGACCCCUGCUGCGUGUAAACACUUAUGGAAGUGUGGAGUGGAGAACCAGGCCUUUUACAAGUGUGCAAAGUCAAGUCAGAUAAAGACAGUUUCCAGCAGUAACAUCUUCUUCAAAGGCAGCAGGUUCAAAUACAGUGGAAGAGUAGCCAAGGAGGUGAUAGAGGCCAGCUCUAAGAUUCAGAGAGAGCCACCAGAAGUGCGCAGAGCCCAGUUUGGUCAGAGUCGAAGUUUUAACUCUCUGAGCCACAAAAACCUCAUCAUGAACAUGGAACCGCUGGUACCUGCACUGCCCUCCACCAACGAAUACGAAGAGACGGCCACAGACAAUGGUGUUGUUGCUGUGAAGGACUCCGUCCCCCUGUCUCCUCUCAAACCUUCAGCUGUACCCGCAGACACAGAGCAACAAAGUAAUGAAGGAGGGAACUCUGCUCUAGGCACCGACCUGCAGGCUCCCCGUGUUUCCAUGGAAACCUCAAAUCUCCGACCUCAGACACCCAAAGCUGAAGAUGAAGUGGAGGAAGACGACGAGGCCAGCGGCCCACUCACCAUUUCUGAGCUCGUCUACAGCCCUUGUGCCAGCAUGCUACCCACCCCAGUGGACGACAGCCAGGGAGGAGUCGACUUGCUCUUCUCGUCUCCGGUCCAGAGUCCCGCCAGGCUGCUUAGGGAGCUCCAUGCUGACCCCGACAUCCAGGCUCAGCUGGAGGCCGAGAGGGAGCGAGACCGGGCCUACGAACGCACCCGACUGGCUGCGAGAAGUCGAAUGGGUGGAGUCCUGACCAGCAGCCUGCGCUUGUUGUCGUCCAAUGAGAGAGUCAACGCAUGUGUGCUGAGCGUGGCCCGCUUUGUCGCCGUGGUAAUGGGCGUCUUGCUUGUCACUGUGCCCACACUGCUGCUACUGCUGGAGUCAGACAUCGAUGUGUCGUUCCUCCAUGAGAUCCGCCAGACGCCGGAGUUCGAGCAGUUUCACUAUGAGUAUUACUGCCCGCUCCGGCGCUGGAUCCUGUGUAGGAUCAGCAUGGCCAUGGAGAACCUCUGGUCAGACUGAGGAGGAAAAGACGGAAGAGGGAAAAGAGAGUAAGGAGUCACUGCAAGGGAAAAGAUGUGCCCAAAUGUCUGUCUUAACAUGUCUUUCAAUCUUAUAUUCAGUCUCAACAACCGCUGAGACAAACAUCUGCCAAUGGGAUGAAAUCAUUUCACUUAUUUAAGAGCAAGCUCAGUUUAUUUUAUGAGCAGGUGGAAUGGAUUAUUUAUGAGAGCUCACAAACUUACACUACAGUUAUUAAAAAGAGGCCUGAGAUGGAUAAACUAAGAACGGUGGUCUUGAUGCCUCAUUUCUACACAGUUCUGUGUACGUACGUAUGCAAAUCAACCGAAGUCCAUUCAUUCCUGUGAAAACCUCCUUGAUCUCCAGUGUGUUUGCAAAACUCCUCUUGUUUUUUUUCUGGUCCAGGAUUUGCCUCAAGUACCUGGAAUAAUUUGAACUUUUCGGGCAGAUUUCGGACAGACCUUCUGCACUGUGCCACAGGAAGUUGGCAAAAAAUGAAUUAGUUCACCCAAAUGGUUAGCUCGCUAACAUUGGUAGCAUGCUAGCUGUAUUUCAUAUAGAGCGCAUGCAUAGUGGAUCAUGUGACCACCCACCUGAGAGGCCAACCUUCUCACUUAUUUAUCCCCAUCGUCUUAUUGGUCCUGUUUUGUGUCUUUACUGCUCCAUGUGCAUAUUCUUCUAAGAUUGGACAGCGAAAAACAGUCAUAAUUAACAUUUCUGCCAAUUAACAUUUCUGUGGUGGCGUAUUUAUCCAUCCAAAAUUAGAUGCAUUUCCUUUCGUUGAACACUAGACGCGUACUCUGCAUAAUAUACGGACACAGAACAAAACUGUGGAAACGAGGCCUGAGAGUUAACACACUUCAAAUUAAGAAAACACGUGCAAAAAGACACAACACAAGCAAAUGGAUAUCUUCACUGACUUAACACACAAAGAUGUCGAUUUAAUGACACAUGCAUGGCAUUUAGAAAAUGAUUUACAAGAACCUCACAACACAGCGGAAACUGUUUCCAGUGGACACUAAAAAGUGAUGCACACGGCUGGGACACACUUGUUGUUGCCAUGGUUAUUGGCUUAUGAGGUUAUUGAAGUUGGUAAUCUGUCACUGUGAUUGCAUGACGGAUUGCAUUUUACUGAAAUUGUGCUUAUGUGAUUUCAUGUGAUGGAUUGAAUGAUACAGAUAUUAUAACCAUAAGCAAAAGGCUAAAGUGAGGUUAACAGCAGAUAUCUGCAGUAAUGCCUGAAUUAUCACAAUGUUAAAAUAACUUCAUAAAUGGCAACAACAAGCACUAUGUGUCUCAGUCAUGUGUAUCAUGUUAGUGUCCCCUGGAAACAAUUUUCCUUGUGUCGUGAGCUUCUUGUAGAGUGUUUUGUAAAUGCUGUGCAUGUCUUGUAAAGUUGGUGAAGGUGUUUGUUCACUUACUUGUAGUGAUGGCCAAAUGAAGCCUCAUGAAGCAUUUUCUUUAUUUUCUGAGCCCACUAGAUGGCACUUAAAGAGAGAGGCUCAAAGAAUAGCAGUUGAGUCUGCUUUCAACCAUUUGUUGAAUAAUAAGCGCCAUCUAGUGGGCUCAAAAAAUAAAGAAAAUGCUUCAUGAGGCUUCAUUUGGCCAUCACUGCUUACUUGUGUGUUUUUCAGUAGGUAGAGCUCUUAGGGCCACUGCAUGUCAGGCCUCUCUUUACAACACUGAAACAAGUAGAUUUGUUUCACCUCUUUGGCAGCAUAUUUUAGUGUCUUGAAGAAAAGAGAGAGAUAUCAGAUAAAUAAGAUUUUCAUCAUAGAUUCCAGUCACUUGUUAAGAUAGACACUUCUGGCAGCGAUGAACUGACAACAAGAAAUACUAUAAGUGUUCGAGGAAGAACCUGUGGGAAGGGAGAGAUUCAUGGAAGCAAAAAAUUGAGGGAAGUCAUGGACGGAGGAAAAGUCACAUAAAGAUCCAGAAAAGAAAAAAGUGGUUGGUUUCGUUUGAAAGCAGUUUUUAAAGGUCUGUUCACUCCUGAUGCUGACUCGCUGAUGCAAUGACUCUUCGGUAUAUAUCGCAAACCAUUCUGAUUGGUUCUCGCCCUCAGAGCGGAGCACCUGAUUGGUCACAGAACCUGUCAGUCAUGACGGAGUGGGCGGGGACGGAAAGAGAAACUAUUGAUUUGUCGCUGAAUGCAACAAUAGCCACAGUCAGAGGUACAUUAUAUAUAUUUAAAAACAAAAGAGAAAUAUUCAUAAUUAAUACCAAUCUUAAAUAAGUUGUUUUUAACGUUUUGUACAUUUUUAUGUGAUCCAGAUCUUUCAGGAAUUUUUCAGUCAGAGGAUCUACUUUGAUCUUAUUUUGAAAUUAAGAGUUUACAAAAGACGACAAAAAAAGCAAAUUUAUUGAAGUUUAUCGGGGUGAUGGGUGUUGAGAAAUUUAAACUAUUUUUUGAGACUACCGUCAGCGUUUGCUGACUCGGUAGCACCCUGGGUUUUUUCCUACAGAGGCUAUAGCACAAAUCUUUUACAUAGAACACAGAUUACAACUGUUUCAGAUUACGUGAUGUCAUUUUGGAAACAGGAGGGCGGCAGAGGAGAGAAAAUAUAGUCUGUUUGUGAUGAUGUGUUUUGUUGAACUUCUAAAUGUCUUCUGAACUUAAUGUUAGCUCAGUAAUUACGGCUACCAGUGCAUCUUUCAGUGUGUUUAAAGAGAGUUUGAUCAUAAAACAUAUAAGGAAAUGCUAAAGGAAAGAAAAGAUUACUUAAAGGCUUAUUGUGAAACGUUGCUGUGUUGUUAGGGUGGGUAAAACUGUGAUUUUGGGAUAUGUGUUAGUUGAUGGUUUGCUAGUUUUGGGAGAGCUCUGUGUUUAUUCCAGAGGGACAUAAAGAGAUAGGAUGAUACAGGAUGAUAGGACAGGUGUGUAUACUCCAACUACACUGCUGCUACGUGACACAUGAUGGGACAAGUGAUGCGUUUAAUUGUCUAAAUCUCUCAUACAGGUCUUUCUCUGGUCGUUAUCUGGUGUAGAAGAUCUGACUGAACAAACAUGGUAGAAGGAGUACAGUUGCAGGUAUUUAACUUAAGCAUUUUAGUCACUAAAUCAAAUUAGAAAUGAUUUGUAGCCAUUUCUAAAAAGAACUGUGAUCACGUUGAGCAUCCUGUGAUUAUCAUUUAAACGACUGCAACUGUUCCUACAUGACAGAACUUUCCCAUUUUAAUGUCUGUGACCAACAAGUUAUCAGGAGUUAUAGAUGGGGAAGAUGGUUAAAAGUAAAGGUUAAGAAAUGUGAUUUUUGGUUUGAGUAGAUUUAAAGUUGUGUUUAUGGACAUUUAUGCUGAUAUGGUUGUGGUUCCCAAAAACUCGAGCCAUGGUGUCAAAGAUUUUAAAAAACUAAGAGGGGAUGAAAGAAACUGAUUAAAAAAAAAAUUGCUAUGUGGUACAGAAAAGUAGGACAAGGAGUGAAAUGUAGAUUUCGACUUUACGUUAGGAGGAAAAGGGACAGUUCACCCAAAAAUCAAAAAUACAUAUACAUUUUCACCACUUUUAGCUGUGGUGUUAUGGGUCCAUGUCAUUGGUUCGACAGCCCAUUGGUUCGACAUCCCAUUAGUCCGACUGUCCGCGGUGCUGAAUGGCUCGCGGCGGGCAUAUGGUGCGCCGCGAGCAGCUUGAGGUGAAGCAGGCUCACGGCUUAUGUGUUUGCCACUUUCUUUUUCAUUUUAACCCACACCAUGAUCUUUUCCUGACCCUAACCAAGUGGUUUUUGUGCCUAAACCUAACCAGACCUUAACUACAGGGCAUCAUGAUGAUUUCGGAACGGACUUCAGAACAAUGAGUUUAAUAUGGUCGGAACAAUGGGAUGUCGAACCAAUGGGCUGUCGAACCAAUGGGCAGUUCCCGGUGUUAUUUAUCAGUCUAGAUUGUUUUGGUGUGAGUUGCAGAGUGUUGGAGAUAUCGGCAUAUACAGAUGUCUGCCUUUUCUCCAUUAAAUUAGCACCCGGCUUGUGGUGCUCAAAGCGCUGAUAAAAUAAGCUGGAGAAGCUCAACAGCAAUGUCUUUCCAGAAAUCAUGACCUGGUUACUCUAGAUAAUCCACAGACCUUGCUGUGAGCAGUUUCAUGUAGGAACUAUUUUCUUUCUAUCGAACUCGACCGGCAAACCCGUGCAGAAGGAAGCCUGCAUCUACUGCUAGCUCACCUAGCAGUUACCUACCUAAGCAAGCUCAAGUUACAGCUCAGCCAGGGAGGGCGCCAUCUCACUGUCAUGAGCAUGAGCCUCUCAUCCAUGAGAGAAUGCACACUUCCUUCUGCGUGAUGAUAUGGUUGCCGGGCGUAGUUCAGUAGAAAGAAAAUAGUUCCUACAUGAAACUGCUCACAACAAGGUCUGUGGAUUAUCUUGACAACUGGGUCAUGAUUUUUCAAAUGUAUUUUUUAGCACUUUGAACACCACAAGCCGGGUGCCAUCUAGUUCCAUUAUAUUUGAGAGAAGGCAGACAUCUCUUCAGCUGAUAUCUCCACUCUGUCACUCACACCAAAACAAUUUGGAUUAGUAAAUAGCACCACAGGUAAGAGGAAAUAUAUGUGUUUUUAAAGUAGGGGUGAACUGUCUCUUUAAUUUGUGUCAAAACGUGUUGGUUUUUGUGACACAGUAUAUCAUAUUUGUGUACUUGGAUUUGGCUAAAGAUUAAAUCAGUCUCCUGUAGCUCUGAUGAGAAAUGCAUCAGUCACUUUUGGGAAUUUACAGCCGUCACGGCGUGAUUGUUCAGCAUACAGACAGUGCCUGUCGGUUACAGUUUCGUGGCUCUGCGCGGAGAGAACAGAGCGCUACGGGGAUGAGAAAAUACUUCAGAUCAAAGGAAAGCAGAUGAUUUUUUUUUUUUUUUAAGAAAAAGAAGUUAUUUUCAAAGUGUAGUUCGAUUUGGAUCAACUUCUCAGGAAAGGGCAUUAGCAGUUUAUGUUCAAAACAACAAAUAUAUGUCUAAAAAAAUACAGAAAAAGAGAAAAAAAACUGCAUCUAAUCACAGCAUACACUAUAUACUUUAUCCAUAACAUCCAUACUGUACAUGUCUUGCUAUUAUGAAUAUCCAAACACUAUGUAUUCAAACAAAGUCUGUAGCCAGACAUAAAUAUGGCUGCAGACUGCUUGUGUUGUUGUAGAGUCAUUUCACUCAACUACAUAUGCACCCGAAAAUAUUACCCACAAAGUCUUUACAGUUGAGAGUCAGUGAUUCCAGUUUGGGCAUGGUAGCUGAGCCUCCGUACUGCUUUAUGGCAGAGAGGACAGUAGGGGUCAACCAAUCUCACGCGGUAUUAGGGCUCUUAAUUUGAAAACUGAACUGAUACUUUAAAUUUUAUUUUCAGAAGUCACUCUCCAUACUUCUCGGCUGCUACAGAGGCCUCUGCAGUGCCCAUCACCAUCAAAGCCCUCUCAUUACAACCGAUCAAAUGUUGCUGCCUCCUGUUAUCAGCUGUGUUGUCGUGUAACUCUGUAGACUUUAUGCAUCAACGAGCUUUAUGCAUAUAGAAAAUAUGCAGUAACAACAGAAACAUGCUUAUUUGGGACAAAGCAUUUAUUUUCCUACUUCAGCACAUGCACUGAGUUUCGAUGCUGAAACCAAGCGAAGGGCCAAACCACUAUGACGAGGACGUUUGCGUUCAACAUCACAGACUCUGAGCUUCUUUGUAAUGGAUGAAGCUGAUCUGUAUGCACUGCUAAAUGAUCACCAUCAUCCCAUGAUAACUAACAGAGGGGGAUAUCAUCAUGAUGAACUACUGUCCUGUCUUCAUGUUUAACUGUUGCUCCUCCGGUAUGCACAUGCACCAAAAUGCUCCAGCGAUUCACUGUAGAUUUAAAGCUGUAUAGGCUCCAUGUACACAGCUGUACAGACAUAGUUUGUCUCUGGCUUUAGUCCUUUAUUUCUGUGCUCCAUCCUUCUCUAACUAACCCGGGGUAUCUCUCUAUCUGACCUCUCAAUGCAAAUUGCAUGCCCUCGUCUGUAAAUACUGUGUUUAUAGUUGUGGCAAAAAAAAAAAAAAGAUUUCCUUUCUUUCUUCCCUCUGCGUGUCUUGUCCGUGUAAAGCGAUCUAGAUUUAGGCUUGGCUGUCUUGACCAUCUUAGAUGAAUGCAUGUUCUGUGUUCUUACCAAGAGGAGGAAGAGGAAACGGAUUGAGACAUUUAAGGCUUUUCUCUCAAUCAAAAUUAGGUUCAUCUGAGCAGUUUUGUGACCACGUUUAGAAGAAUACUUCAUCCACAAAAUGACCACUUGUGUAUCAAUUACUCACCUCAUGUUAGGUUGAAUUUGGGAUGAAAACCUUGUUUUUCUGGCAUGUCUCCACGAUGAACGAAGAAUCCAAAAACAGCAAAUAUUCUUGAUGAAUUUAAGUCAUAGGGGGCCGCACUAACAACACCAACACUAUAUCAAACUAGAGCCCAUCUCGUGAUGGGAUCCCUCCAGCAGGAAUACGGGGAUCCACGAUUUAAAAUGAAUGAGGGCCAGGGACAUAAAGUACGGAGCCAAUGGCCACUUCUGUACUUCCUAUCUCCCUACAUCUGGCCCCCUUGCUCAAACCUCACCCAUCUUUAAACUGCUUUCAUUUUGAUCUUAACUACACACCUGUAAAUUUUUAUGACUCUAUCUUGCACAGUAGUGACAUUAUCAUGGUGACAAAAUCUGUCCACGGACAGACAGACAUAUAAACACCUGGGGUCUCAUUUAUGCACAAAACGAGGCCUACAAGAGCCGUACCCCAUUCCCCCCGGAAAAGUUGUGAUCUAUAAAAAACGAGAAACUUUGACUCACGCUUACAAACAUUUUGGGGACGGGAAAUUGGCAACGUAGAUGGCAAUGUGGAACCCUCAUUGUAGAAACUGCCUAAUAUUUUUUUGCUUUUGUUAGUACGUACAUUUUUAGGAUGGAUCCCGGUGCACUGUUUUAUAAAUGAGACCCCUGGUAAAUAUUCAAAACGGCUUUUUUGGUACCUCCCGCUACAACUGGUGUCACCUGGACCACAUUUUGCCAUGCUGACACACACAGACUCACAAGGUGAAAACUGAAUGUUGCAACAAUGUCGUGGCUGAUAAGCAACCCUAUUAAAAACUCUCACACAACCAGUGUAGUGUAAUCCAAGUCUCAUUUAUCCAGUGCUCAGUACUUCCAAAACACAUGCAUGUUGGCUAAAAUCUUCCAGUUUAGAAUACUAAUGCUUAGGAGAGACUUGUCUGUACCUAAGGCUGUUUAGGUGGAAUUGUUUUAAAUGCAUGUGUUUGGGAAGCACUGAGAAAAUGACUGGAUGAAUGAGACUUGAAUUGUGCUGUUGUAUAUGAGUUUUGCUUUGAAUGUGGCCUUCCUUUACUUCAAUUCAUCAAAAAAAGUUUUUGGAUUUUUCAUUCAAGUUGGAGGCAUGGGAGAAAGAGAACGUUUUCUACGUGAAUUCAGUGUAACAGUGGGUGAGUUAUUUUAUUUUGUGGGUGAAAUAUUCCUCAUGCAGUGUGCUUUGGACUUCAUUUCAUUGAUUUGACAGGACUGACUACAUGUGGUUGCUAAUUUUGUUAGCUUCCUUUUAGUCAAUCUCAAAAAAUAUCUCAGCACAAAAGGGAGAACUUCUUGACGACUGUGUGAAAAAGAUCAUUUUACAGUCUCUUGAAUAGCAGCUCUAAAAUAUUUGACUAGUUACCUUCAUUGUGCUUUUGCCGUGUGUGUAAAUCAUUAAAGCCAGAUGCUAAAUGCUAACACCCUAACCUCAUUACUAACAGAGCAUGCUAUUAACUGAAUCGAUUAAAUUCAGAAACAUUAAUUGUUUAGAUGUUCAGUUUUUAAGAUGUUUUAAAAAAUAAACACUGAACCGAGUGAAUAGAAAGUAAAACUACACCUCAACUCAUCGCAAACAACAAAAGGCCUUUCAGCUCUGUGAUGACACAGAUCUUCGGCCCCAUGUGACACUGUAGCAUUUUAUUAGUUUGUAGCUCAUUUAUCAGUUUAGCCUUUUUGAGUUUAAAGGGGAAUUUCACCCCUUUGAGAUUUAGCUCUUGUUUUGAGCUGAACUUAAGUUCCUGUGUUUUACAGCAUAUAGAUGGACCGACAGUACAACUUUUGUUGCGUACGUACGUAAAACUGUGAUUUCAAACAUCAUCAUGAUCACACACCAGUUGAUGUCAUAUCUGAGGUAUUACUAUUACUAAGUUCCUGACAUGAGUCAAGUAUUUACAAACCUUAAAUUUAAUUACCUACUUUUGAUUAUCAGUAAAAAUAAAACAAAAAUGCUUUACAGACAACACCUGGAAUUUAAAGCUGUUUAAAUCACAAAUACUGCUUUUAAUUAAUUUAUUUAAGAUUUUAAAUAUUUGAACUCAGGUCUACUAUAUGCAAAACUAUUGGACAUCACAUGGUAUAAGAGAAAAAUAAGCUGUAGUAUAUUAUUUCAGUGUUGUGUGGGCAUGUACAGUAGCAGAUUCUCUUGCACGGUCACUUUGUUGUUUUUGAUUGUUAGUCAGACGGAUUUGUUGUUUUAUUGGUUAGUCGGAUUGUUUUUUUUCUUUCAUUUUUUUUCUU